GCACCCGUCGCCAUGGCAACAGCGGAAGCCAGUCCCAGUGCAGGUCAAAGGGCGCGUUCGCGUCGGUUGCCAUGGUGACGGGACGCUGCCAAGUUUGGCAGACCGGCGUCCUCGCUGCUGUGGAGCGAAAUGGGCGAAAGGACGUACUGCUCCUCGGUGCUGCUCCAUAACUGGUUUGAGGACGUCGCCUUGGAUCAGGAUGUUAUUAAAGACUUUAUUAAGAAGAAAGAACGUGGUGAGCUUUUAAUGCAGAAGCUUGGAUCCUUUAAAGAUGAUCUGCUGAAUAAGACUGAGCUUUCCAAGAGUACUGAUGGAUAUAUUCACUUUGGUGACCAGGUAUUACUUAUUAAUCCUGGCACAGAACAAAGUCAUUUGCCUCGAGCCCCCAUGACAUUAACGAUGAAUGUUGAUGAAAACAGAUUUAUGACAAGUAAAAAAGUUGAUUCACCAUGUGAAGUGUGCAGCAGCAGGAACUUAACACCCUGUGUCAGGAAUACUUUUGUCAUUACGAGUGUUGAUGGUAGUUGCAAUGGUGAUCCACUUCGAUAUGGACAAAGCUUUGCUCUCAAAACAAUGGAAGGAAUUGCUGGACAGCUAUAUCUGACAAGUGAUAUGAAAUUAUUUCUGAAAUAUGCCAAAAAAUCUCGGAAGCAGCUAGUGAACCUCACAGAUCAGCUUUCCUUCCUGACUUGUUGGCAGGUCUUGUACUUUGACCCGCAGAUGCGGCUUGAGUACGAUGGAUACCCAGUGCAAGCAAAUGUUAAAGUACUUAUCAACCAUGUUCGUACAAAUCAGGCUUUAGCAGUUCUUCAGGAAUACUCCUUCUGGACAAUGUUUGGAAGAGAGCAUGAAAUUACUACUCACACCUUCCUCGAUAUCCAUCGGGCUGAAGAAGACCCGAACCAUUGGAUAAUUGUCACUGGGGAUCCCAGAGUUCCUCAUGGAAUCAUGGUUCAUAUGCCUCCACCUGUUUGUAAAAACCCAGAAACAAAGAAAACGCACAGCCAGGAGUCAUCUGACUGCUUCACUCAAAAAUAAACCUACCCUCUGAGCAACCUUGAUUUAUUUGACUAGAAAUAUUUCAGUUCUCCUUCCCAAACCUGAAUUUAUCUUUAAUCAGCUGGAUUAUUCCUUAUAUCAGCUUCAUUUUCAUAGUGUGCUGAAUUUAAUCAAUCGAACUAUGUCCAUGGAAGCUUCUACAAUUUGUGCAGAAUGUCAGAAUGUUCACUUUAAUUACAAUCUAACAAUGAAUGAG